AACGUCGCUGAAAUGUGCGACCAUUCACUGUUUUCUCUUGAGGUCGAUUUCCGAUUGCAAUAUGUUCAAAAAAUUAGUUAAUUCAGACCCUGAUCUCAAAAGUGUGAAUGUGCCAGAAGAGUUGAGAGACCAUGACGACAAUGAUCACAAUCAAACGGCACAAUCUAGUGUUACAAAGUAUAUAACUGAACAAGAAUUUUUAUGUAAUUUUUUAGAUGAUGUUGAAUAUGAAGAAUUUGAUAAAGAGAAAUCAUCUAAAGGGGCUUCAGAUAUCUCAAAAGGAAGAAAUAGUGUGUCAAAACUUCAGAAACGUGUCAGAUUUCUUAAUCAACAUACAGAAAUAUUUUAUGAGCCACAAGAAUAUAUAGAACAUGAAUAUCAAAAUCUAUCGAGACCUCCUCCAUUAAUACCAUUAGAUGAAAGUGAUCUUGACAUAGAAAAUUCAAAACAGGAGUCCCACAAUUCUGAUGAUAAACUUGAUGUUUUAUGCAAUCCUGAUCAAAUGGAAAUAAUUGCAUCAAAGCCCCGAAGCUUAGAUAUUCUUGAAGAAAGACCACAAAGAGUCAACAGAUACCUAAAAAAACCGCUAUAUGUUCUUUUACAAAAAUUUAAGGAUCAGGAAGGCGUUAUGAAUAGCUCACACAACAGACAGGAUGGUCAGGCAUCUAAAGCUACUCAGAAUAGUAAUUUUGAAUCUAAUUUAGAGAAAAAUAAUUUAAAAAUUAUGAACAAGUCUAACUUUUCUAAUGAGAAGCAAAAUACUUCUGUGAAGCAAGGUAAUUGGUAUAGAUUUUUGGAAACAAUGAAAACAAAAGCAAAAUUACAAAAGACAUCCGAAAAUAUUAUUUCUAAUUCUGAAGUUUCACAUGAAUUUGCAUCUUCUGCAACACAGGAAACCAUGAAAACUGAAGCAAGGAAAGAGUUGGUAACAACACAUGAAAAUACAGUUGCCAAUCCAACUAUUGACAAAAAAUUACAGAAAGAUGCUGCUAUCAGGAAAAAACGUUUGAUUAUUAUGUUAAGAGCACUGAAAAUAAAAACAAUAGAUGAGUUGUUAAAAGAAUAUUCCAAUUAUUUAGAGAAAAAAUUGAAGCUAUUGAAAGCAAAUAAAAAGCUUAUAAAUGAUGGAAUUCAUGAAAAUAGUCUGAAAAAACCUGAAAGCAUGAAGAAAAAGAUAAAAAACAAGUCAGUACAAUUGAAACAUGAGGGAAAGAAAAAAGAAAAUGAGUUUUUGAAAUUACAAAAUGAUUUGAAAUCAAAGCAAUUUGUAACUUCUGAUAGGCCUGAUAUAUUUUAUGAUAUUCAUGAAAUGUUAGAACAAAUGGAUAAUAGUGCAAGUUGUUCAAUAAAUGAUAAUUCAAAAUUUGGAAGUAGUAAUUCUAUCAAACAAGGAGAAAAAAAUGCAAAAAGAUUAAUAAAUAGGAGAUGCUCAGAGAUCACUUCAAUCAAACAUGACAGGGUGUUAGGACUCAGUAACUCUAUUGCACUACUAAAUGAGCAAUUUGCUCAAUAUAAUAAAACUUCUAAGGUUGAAACAGAUAAUCAGAAGCCAAAUGUGAAUAUUGCAUUUAGAGCCUAUAAACCAAUGUAUGUUUUCAUGAAGCCAACAGAAGAUUCAACUAAUUCACUUUCAGGAUUUUCAGGAGUUACCAGCAUAUCAGACUAUUUUCCAUCAUUUAAAAAAACAAAGAGGGUGCAUAGCAAACAGAUUUCUUCUGAAAAUGUAAUAACUAAUGUGAAUGAAAAUGAAAUGAAAAAUGCAAAAUGUGAUUAUAACAGUGCAUUGGACGGUAUAAAUGAUAUUAAAUGUGAAGAAGUCAAUAAGAAUAUUUACAGUUAUGACAAUGAUGAUGCUGUAUCCAAUGAUGAUUCUCAAAGCUCAAAUCACACUUUCGACUUCAUCACUAAAGCUUUGAGUAAAACAGAUUUAGUUGUAAUGCCUUCAGGUGGUAAUAUUAACAGUUAUAGGCUAAAUCAUCUCAAGAAAUAUCCUGAGAAAAAAGGAAAAUGGAAGAUUGAAAAACUAAUAACAGAAUCUGAGAGAAAUCAAUGA